AUGGAUGUUUUUAGUUUUGUAAAAUUCAGAGUUCUGAAUUUGUGGGAUGUUUGUGCGGUGGAGUCUUUGCGUGCAUUUUUCUCUAUUACAGUCUCUGUUAUUGUGGGCAUUCUUCUUCUCUCUCUGAACCGCUUGAAGCGUCAAACCUCGCUUAAAAUUCCCCCAGGAACAUUAGGCUUCCAUCUGCUUGGGGAAUCGAUACAAUUCCUGCGGGCGCUUAGAUCAGGUGACUCUACAGAUGGAAAAUCUACAUCCGGGUAUUUAAUGUAUCUUGGAUCUGCUCUCAUCUCUUGGAGAUCUAAAAAGCAAUCUGUUCCAGCUACCUCUUCUUUCGAAGCUGAAUAUAUGGCCGCCUUUGAAGCAACUCGGGAAAUCUUAUGGUUUCGAGGAAUUCUUGAAGACUUGCAGACACCACAGAUUUCAUCAACUCCACUCUUCAAUGACAAUCAAUCUGCUAUCAAAAUUGCUAAAAAUCCAAUCAACCGGCAGAUAUUCUUACCAAGGCUUUGGGCAGAGAAAAGUUUGAGAAGUUCAGAAUUGUUAUUUUCUGCUAGCCUAACAGAUUCUCAAAGAAUGCGACUCCAUCAGCUCAUGGAAACUGCACUUGCUGGAUCUUUGGCUCUUCCGCUCGAUUUUCUGGGAACUCGUUUUCGCAGAGCGCUUGAGGCAUGCUCCAUCAUCAAUCAAAUUAUCUCUUCUUUAAUAGAAAAGAGAAGAAUCGAAUUAAGCUCAGGUAAAGCGUCUAGGAAUUAUGAUUUACUCUCUGUGUUGAUCACCUUCAAAGAUGAAAGAGGUAAUCCACUCACCGACAAGGAGAUUCUCGACAAUUUUACUAUUUUGUUUCAUGGAUCAUUCGAGACCACAGUUUCAGAAAUUACUGUGCUUUUUAAACUCCUGUCUUCCAAUCCUGAUUGCUAUGAACAAAUCGUUCAAGAGCAAAUGAGAAUUAUGUUGAAUAUAAAAGAUGGAGAAGAAAUCAGUUGGAACGAUCUCAAAGAUAUGAAAUACACAUGGCAAGCUGUUCAGGAAACAUUGCGCAUGAAUCCACCAAUUUUUGGAACAUUUCGCGAGGCCAUCGUUGAUAUUGAUUGCAAGGGCUAUACAAUUCCAAAAGGAUGGGAAAUCUUAUGGACAGUUUAUAGCACGCAUAUGAAUGAAGAUUAUUUUACUGAGCUACGAAAGUUUUGGCCAUCACGAUUCCAAGAGGAAGGCAUGCAUUUGGCUCCUUAUACUUUCUUACCAUUCGCUGCAGGGCGACGAGUUUGUCCAGGAUGGGAAUUUGCAAAGAUGGAAAUACUACUGUUUGUGCAUCAUUUUGUGAAAACUUUCAAAUUCUAUAGUGCCAUUGACCCAUAUGAAAAAAUAAUGACAAAUCCAAUUAUUGCUCUCCCUGCCAAUGGUUUUCCCAUAAAACUUUUCCCCAGAACCUAA